CGCAGGCCACCCGGCGGUGCUGCCCGCCGGGCGCACGGCUGGCGGCUCGGGGCAGGCUGGCGGCUCGGGCCAGGCUGGCGGGUCUGCGGCGGGAGAGGGGCUGCGGGUGCUCGGCUCGUGCGACUUUGAGCCCGCGCCGCCCGCGACGAUGACACUCGUCGCGGGCCGCGGCGACGGCAGCUGCGGCAUCUGUGGCGACCUCCCGCAGGCGCUCGCUUUCUGGGCGACGAGCUACCCCGCCGUCUCCAUGUUCGCGCUCGCCCUCCUCUGCGUGGCGGCCGGCUGCUGCUUGCGGCGGCGGCGGCGGCGCCUCGGCGGCGGCGGCGGCGGCGGCGGCGGCAUGUACCUUGGGCCGGGCAUGUAUGUGCCAGCCGCCACCGCCAGAGGCGCGGGAGGGACUGUCCUCGAGAUCCCUCUCCUGGAGGACGAGCCGGCGCCCACCGUUGCGCCCGAGCCGGUCCCGUUGCAAAACGCGCCGCCGGAGGAGGGCGAGGGCUCGGGCGUCCUCCCGAGCGAGAGCGGGCAGGCGACAGCUGGCGGUGGAGCAGGCGCCGCCUGACCAUAGUGACCAUCGUCAGAUUCGAUUCGGGCCGUACCAUCUACCAAAAACCUACCAUGGCAUGCGGACGCGGGACGCGCAUGUGUGUGCAUGUGUUCAUUGAGCGCCCAGAGACACCUCUUAUAAGGUCCCCUCGGGCCCCUUUAGGCAUUAGGGCGGGGGCAAACUGAGGUCUUCCCGCGGCGGUCCCCUAGAACCCCAGGGGUAAGGCCCCAGGGGUGUGGCCCCUUGGUACUGUAGGGGCUAAAGCCGUCUGCGUCU